AUGAUCUUUGAAACGACCUCAAAAAAUGCAUCAAUAUUUAGCUUUGAGCGUGCUUAUAUUGAGCAAAAGCCAAUAAAAAAACAUUUUCAGCACGACUUUUUGGUAGCACUUCUUCCAGAAGUCAACCUCAAGGAGGAAGUUUUAAUGGCAGACCCAUUAUCUGAUCCUACUUAUUCUGAAAUAAAUAGAAAAGAAGAAUAUUGACAUUUGCAUGAACUUGGGAAACACUAUGGUAAUCCUGAGCAAUAUUUGGUGGAAACAGACUGAAUCAAUGAAUGAACAGAAUAUAUAAAAGGCAGUAAAUGGCCUGGAAAAAUUAAAACCAAGAAGUUAUUAGAUGGUCAAGGCAAAACCAAAAAAGGAUUAAAUCCUAAAGUUGAUUACCAAAUUUUCAACAGAGCGCAAUGGUUGUUUCUUAAAGACCGAUAUGGCUCGGAAACCCCAGCGCGAUAUGGAGAACUUUUAGAAACCAGCCACAGAAGUUAAUCUAAAUGUUAUAAUCCAUAAGCGUAUAGACCACUAGAGUUCCUAUCUGGCAUAAAUCCAUCUAACCUAAGGAUUAGCUACCUAGGUUAAAGCCAUCUCUUGCGGAUGCACCGUUAGUCCCGAUAAGAAAGACCAAGUAGGAUGAUAAACCUGUCUAGCCCAGUUCUAGGGAAGAAAAAACCCUUUGAGGAGCACAAAACUUCCCUCAUCGACCCUCAAGCCUAAAGGCCUACUUCAAAAAGUGACAGAGGCACUAUUUUCAGCUUUAUCUGGAAAGCUCGUGCCUACUCCAUAGGAAUUGUGACUCAGAGUUCAUCUUCCGUCGAUAUCACAAUUUUAUUUCAGCCACAGAAGACAUGCAUCAUAUGAUUUUUCCACAAAUGAUGGAAUAUCUGAAAAUAGAAAAGCGAAUUUAAAUAAAUCAUUUGAAAUUAUGCCUGGGAGUUGCAAUAAAGAUAAUAAUGAAGCUAUGACAACAUCUGAUAUUAAAUUACAGACAGAAGAAGAAAUUCAGGUUGUUACUUUGAUGGAUGAGAGCAUUGAGCCUUCACACCCUGAUACUAUAGUUUCUACUGGCGAAAAUUCGGGUUUGCAGCACACAAAUUCUCUUGAUUGUAACGCUCCUACCCUUAGAAAUGGGAAAGUUGGCUUACUCCAAACUCAUAAGCUGUCGAAUUUAAAUAUUUAUAGCCUUUUUAAUUUAAUGUAUUUUAAAGCCAUGCAAUAUCUUAUUAACUUUUUCUAAUUAAUAUUAUAAAAAACAAUUUUAUUUGCAUAUUUAUUUAUUUUACUUCUUUUAUGCAUAAGAGCUAGAAAAUCCUGGAUUUUUUUGUUAUAUGAAUUCUGCACUUCAAUGCUUAAUGAGCAUUACUCCUUUCCGUGAUUUUUUCUAUCAGCUUGAACUUACAUCAAAUAAACUUGUUUUUACAGAACUUAUAAGCGAACUCACAAAAUCAAUAUUUAAGCUAGAAAAAGGAGCUGUAAGACCUUCCCGGCUAUGAAAGUAUGUCAGCCUGUAUUUUUCUCCUGGGAAACAGCACGACCUCCCCGAAUUCCUCCGAUUUGUUAUCAACAAAUUAGAAAGAGAGCUUUCUGAAAAUUUCCUCCGCAGGACGAUUUUUAAUGGGAUCACCAGCAGCCACCUUAAAUGCAAUUCAUGCAAUUAUACUUCAAUUACCAGAGAACCCUUUAUCGAUAUUCAGCUAGAGCUUAGCUCUACUAUUACAAAAAGCAUUCAAAGCUACACAAAAGCUGAAAAAGUUAGCAUUACAUGUGAACGGUGCAAAUCCAGAGUAUUUGCUACUAAAAAGCUUUCUUUUUCCAAAGCACCGUCUGCUUUGAUUAUUCAGUUAAAGAGAUUCAGAUCUCUAGGUGGAGCCCAGAAGUUAGAUCAGAAUUGUAAAUUUCACAAAAAUUUGGAUUUAAGCCCUUUUUGUGAAGAAAAAGCUGACUCCCCCCUCCGUGAGUGAACAAAAAAAUUUUGUUCACUCAUGGAGGGGGGUUAAUUUUUUUUUUUUUUAAAAAAAUUUAUAUAUAAAUUUUAUAGAAAAUAUUUUUUUUCGAAAUUUAAAAAAAUCCUAAUUCGCAAAAAUUGGAAAGCAAAUAUUGAUUUAAUUUGUAAAAUUUAUGCUUUAAAAAGCAAUUUGUUUAAAAUUAAACAGAAUUAGCUCUAGGUUUCAUCAUACUAAUUAUCACUUACUCCCCCCCCCCCCUCCGUGAGCGAACAAAACCAUUAGAAAAAUCGCCAUUUUUUGACCAAAAACCCACCCUCCGUGAGUGAACAAAAAUUUUUUUAAUAGAAAAAAUUUUAAUGGAAAAAAAUUUUGAUAUAUAAGUGAUAAUUAGUAUAAUGAAAUCUAGAGCUAAUUCUGUUUAAUUUUAAACAAAUUGCGUUUUAAAACAUAAAUUUUGCAAAUUAAAUUAAUAUUUGCUUCCCAAUUUUUGCAAAUUAGGAUUUUUUUAAAUUUCGAAAAAAAUAUUUUUUAUAAAAAUUUUUAUAUAUAAAUUUUUUUUAAAAAAAAAAAAUUAACCCCCCUCCGUGAGCGAACAAAAUUUUUUUGUUCGCUCACGGAGGGGGGGGGGGGGGAGUUAUAUAUCAAAAAUUUUUUCCAUAACAAAUUUUUUUCUAUUAAAAAAAUUUUUGUUCACUCACGGAGGGUGGGUUUUUGGGUAAAAAAUAGCGAUUUUUCUAAUGGUUUUGUUCACUCACGGAGGGGGGGGAGUGAGUAUAAAUUAGUUGGAGUUGGAGUACACCAUGGAUCGAUUUUAUCAGGGCAUUAUACAGCUUUUUGCAAACGUGGAAACUUUUGGUAUGAAUUUGAUGAUGCAUCGUGCAAUAAAGUAAGCUUAAAAGAAGUUUUAGCGCAAAAUGCUUAUGUCAUUAUAUAUAGAAGAUGUUAA